GACUUCCUACCUAUGCACCAGUAUUUCUAGUCAGAGCCACAAUGACACGUGUAAAGCCAGGCCAACGCCGAAGAGCAAGAGCACCCAAAGUCCGGACGGGCUGCCAAACAUGCAAGCUCAAGUGUGACGAGACCCGCCCGUCCUGCAUUAGAUGCACCUCAUCCGGCUACUCCUGCGACGGCUACCGGGUCACUACCAAAUCAUCGUCCAACCCAUCACCGGCUCCGCAACUGAGAUGGAUGAUGAUACACGUGCAGAAUCAUGACGUCCAUCGUGUAGCUCGCUCCAUACAGUUUUUCACCGAACAAACAAUACAGCAGCUUUCCAUGUUCUUCCCGGAUGAGUUUUGGAGUACAAGGGUCCUGCAGUUGGCUUACUCAGAACCCUGCAUUUGGCACGCACUUGUCGCUCUAUCCACAUACCAUGAGAGAUACAUAAAUCGCAGUCCCGGCGGUGACGCUUCGUUUGCUUUGCGUCAUUACAAUCUUGCCAUCAAUAGCCUCUCCAGUGUCCGGCACGACCUGUCAUUGAUACACCUGGUAUCAUGUGUUAUAUUUAUAUGUGUUGAGAUUCUCCGAGGGCAUAUAAGAUCCGCCAUAAGACUUUACACAUCUGGUUAUAGAAUGAUGAGAGAAAUACAGCCGACCAUAUCUGCCGGCAAUCAUCUCUUCCACCUGAUCGUGGCUUUCUUCAAUCGCCUCACACUUCAAAUAUCAUGGAUUUUUGGGAACUCGAUAGAUGGGUUACUGGAUAUGAGUUACGCCAUACCUGAACGUCAAAGGUCAAGCCCGCCCGAAUUUACGUUCCAACAACUUUCAGAAGCUAGAGAAGCAAUCCAUGGCAUUGCAUUGCAGUGGAUGCUCGACAGACCCUCAGACCAAGAAGCGCUAGGUGCCCUAGUCAACUGCUUUGGAGAAUGGUGCCGCGCAUUUGAUGCAUUUCAACAGAAAAACAGCCAGUUACUUGCAGGUGCUGCGAACAGGAGGGCUCUCACAUUGCUCGAGCUGCAGAAACGGUACCUAGCUACUCACUUGUGUACUGUUGACUCCAGAGGAAAUGACGAUGAAACCGUGUGGGAUGAAUACUCCAGUCAAUUCAACGAGAUGCUCGAUUUUGCCGAGGCAUCAAUGCAAAUUUAUGACUCGGAGGCAACAUCCAACAAGCACCCCCGUUUUCACAUGGAUACUGGCGUUAUACCUAUCCUCUUCGCCAUUAUUACCAGAUGUCGUGACCCCUUCAUCAGGAGAAGAGCUAUAGAGCUAAUGACCUGGAACCCAAUGCAGGAAGGUCUAUGGAACAGCGCUUUGGUGGCCAAGGCCGCACAGAGACUCAUGAGUUUGGAAGAAGGCACUGUUAUCGUUGGAUGCUCAAAUGAUAUACCAGCUGCGGCGAGAGUUCAGGGCAUAUCUGUGUAUGCUGGCGAUGAGCGGCGUGUUGUGUUGAGGUUUUCGCAACCAUUGGGCUCCUGGCAGGAGUUAAUGAACUAUUAGAGUCUCAACAACGUCCUCGUAGCCGGUAAAAUAUUUACCUGGCUAUAGAUAGAGCUAUCGGAUUAUAAAGGAAGCGAUCUGUACUGUUGUGCUAUUUAUGGGGAAAAGGGUUGGGCAUUCACCCUAAUUCAUGCUCAACUGGAGUUACUAUGAGAAUUACUUAUCCUGCUCAGGUAAUCUCCUUCUCGACGUGAGAGCUUUUGAAGCAAUAACAAUUUGCACAUAGAAUUGAU